UACCCCCUUACAGCGCAAUAAUUUUAAAAUAAACAUGGAGGAAAAUAUAAAAGGGAGAAAGAAAAUAUAUUGCGAUGUUUGCGACACAUUUAUAUCGUCAGGUAAGUUUAACGUAUUAGGGAUGGCUAGAAUAUAGUUUAAACCAUUGCUGGCAUAUAUGCUACUAGUUUAAAAUCUUUACAGCAUUUCAUGUAGGAAUGGACCGAUAUUGACAUCAGGGAUGGAUCCAGCUCAGCUGAUCUGGUGUGGGGUGCUCUGGUGCCGACUGUCGAGUUGUGUCGGUCAUGUGUGCCGCCCGCCCAUCAACUAGUGUAUUUGAAUUGUAAUUGUUGUUCACAGUUCACUUAGCAUCAUGUUAUUACUCAAAUUACUGAAUCUCAUAAAAAUAGCCCCCCCCCCCUGCACCCCCUCUGGCUAGGGCCCCCCCUCCCCCAGUAAAUCCAUCCCUGAUUGACAUAUUGAUAGUUGACCAGGGUGGAAAGUUUUUUUUUGUGAGCCGAAGAGUUGAUCAAGGUUCAGUAACAUGCGCCAGUGGCCGCACAAAUCCUGUUUUAAACAUAUUUCACAUGCUCCCCUGAGUUGCAAUGUCAACACUUCUUUAGUGAGACAGAACAGAUAGUAAACAUUUGAAAGAAGGUCAGUCAGCUAUCAGAGAAAGGACAGCCUGCACGAAACCCCCUGCUUUGCCAUAUUUACUCGUUCUCUCAGAGGACGAGAAAACUGAUUGGUUCAAAAUGAAAAAAAUAUGCUAAUUUAUGCUAAAAUUCAUACAAAUUUUGACGUUUCUUUGAUUUUUGCAUUCAAAAGAGCUUAAAGUCACGAUUUACGGUUCAACAAUAAAGGUAUUUACGAACUUGGUUUACGAAGCUCUAGAGAUAUUGACUGUGGUGUCUUCGUUGGAUUGCUGUCUAGCGCCUCUUUCACAAGCGUGUUCGUUUUGAUCAAUUCAUCGAUGACAAAUAGAUUUUCUCUCUGAAGUGAUGGCUUUAGACACCUUUAAUACUAUCUUCUCUGCAUCGCUCGAAACAUUAAUAACAUUAAAUACAUCACGGUUGACCGCUGUCGAAACUGCAAAUUUUUUUUCCGUAGACAGUCGGACUCCUCAUUGAUAGUCGGACGCAUCAUUGAUCCGCGUCCAGGCCUCCGCGCGUUAUCGAUCGAUCCCUUCGUACCCUGCAUAACCCACUGGUAUACCAUAUGUCCAUCAUUCCGCGUUGUUCCAGUCUUCGACCACGUGUAGAAAGAUUUUCUUCGCGAUGCUAUAGCAAAUCUACAAACUUUGUUUUUCUGGUUCCGAAAAUACUCAAGAACUGUUAUUGCGAAUUAAAACUAUAUACCAUCCUAAUUGAACAGAAUCAGUAUAAGAUAACUGGCGUGCAAGGAAAUAUUGGAAGAUUCAAAGCGACCAUCAAAACCACUUUCCACAAAUAGAAGUAUUGCAGAAUACCCGUCCACUAGUAAUAUCAUAUCAUGUAGCCCAGCCACAUUUCACUGGAUAUGUAUAUACCAGAUCUUAUUGCCUGAUUCUAAUAUACACAAACUAAUUACUAAGACAAUAUUACGAAUUGAUACAAUAAAAGAAAUAUCAUGCAAGACUUUUAAUGUUUAAUAUUAUUAUGCUUAAUAUGCUUUAUAAUAUAAUUUUUUUUCUCCCAGCGACGCUAAUUAAUCAUAAUCUGUCAAACACCAAUGUCCGGUUGUGAGGAACAUAUUUACAUAUUACACCACAUUUAACUAUUUAAGCUCUCUAUAGCAUGAGAAUUUAAUCUAUUAAUGCUAACUGUCGCCUUGAUCUCAAAAUAACUACUUGACUGCGUAUCCACGUAUCCGCUAAAAUAUAGAGCUACCUAUAGUAUGAGAAUUUGAUCUAAUGCUAAUCUAACUGUAUGCCUCGUUCUCAAAAUAACCGACUUGACUGCGUAUCAUGCGUAUCCACUAGAAUAUAUAGAGCUACCUUUAACACUAUGACAAUUUAAUCUAUUCAUGCUAAGUCACUGUAUGCCUCGUAGCUACCUUUACCACCAUGGGAUUUUAAUCUAUCAUUUACUAGACUAUGAGACUAUCAAUGUAUUUAUUAUUAAUCUAUUGAGAAUAAAUAUAGAUGUAUUAAUACAUCGUGUCCAUGUUUGAAAGGCAUAGCUUAAAAAGUCUAAAAAGUGGACGGGUAUUCUGCAAUCGCUCCGAAAAGAGUUACAAAAAACAGUUGCAAAAGUAAAGAAAAGCAAGUGGAAAUGGCGAAUAUAACUUAAUAAAAUAUGUUAGAUGUCAUCACCACACAAGAUAUGAAGCCACAAUGUGUCCUGCUCAGAUUUUGACAUCUCAACCAAACAAUACAAUAUUUUGAAAUCACCAGUUACGUGCGCAAGACACACUGGGAAGGCGCAUCUGAUAAGAAGAGUAUCCGCUGAAUAUUUUGUUUAAGGGCGCGGGUCAAUGAUGCGUCCGACUAUCAAUGAGGAGUCCGACUGUCUAAGGCUAGGUGGGCGGAAAUGGCAAAGCAUGGGGUUUCGUGCAGGCUCUACUUUCCCUGAGAGUCGCUGCGCAGGCUAGCGCAGCAUCAAAUAUGUUCAAGCGAGGCUUUGAGUAUUGAUAAUCGCCUCGUGAUUGGAUUGGCCUUUAUAAUUCUUUAGGGACUCGAGAAAUUUGUGUUCCUGGUUGUAAUAGUAGCUAAUUAAAUGGUGGUUAUAACUUGUGAUAUAAUAGUAACAACUAGGUGUGCAAAUCCGAUCGGAUUCGUUCGGAUUUCGGAACAAAAAUAUACAAAGUAACUGUGAAAUGGAUACCGCCGGAAUUUCUUGCUAGAGGUCGAAAGGAAACGAGCAAUAAGACAAGAAAAAGCGUCAUCACCUGAGCCUGAGGAGUUGGUAAAAGAGAGUUUUGAUCUCGUAGAACCGCAGUCUAGUUACAGUUACGCUGUCCUUCCCUACAUUAAAGGCCUAACAGAACCACUCAAAAGAAUCCUAAAACCCCAUGACAUCCGAAUAACAACGAAACCCUUAUACACUCUGGAACAGUCAUUUCCUUCUGCUAAAGACAGACCAUCACCGGAGGAUCAGACUAACGUGGUCUAGAAGAUCAAUUGUGCAGAUUGCUCAUGGAGCUACAUUGGCGAAACUGGCAGAGCGUUCAACACUAGGCGAAAGGAACACAGGAGAAAUGUAGAGCUCUAUAAAAGUGGUUCAAAUAUCGCUAAUCACGCUUGGACAAACAACCAUAGAAUAGAUUUCAAUAGCGGGAAAAUAAUUGACAAAGGCAACUAUCGGCACAGAGAAACACUUGAAUCAUGGCACACUGCAUGCACAAAAAACUCCGACAACAAUUCAAAACAUUUACCGGAACAAUACCGCUUUCUACUUAGCAAAAAACUCUGAAUCUAUAUAGCUACAUGUAAUUUAAGUCAUUAAUCUUGUAUGUAGGCGGAACUGUCAUAUUUCUGUCAUUUUGUAUCUAUAUGUAAUUGUAAACCGUUGUAAUUGUCACACUCUCAUUGUAAUCCACCCGUUGAAGACUGCAGACUGGCAGUCGAAAGCUCGUAAUUAAAUAAAUAUUUAAAAACCAGAGAACGUCUAAAAACGUAUUAUCCAUAAAAAGUACUUUUAUAUCCAUGGAGAACCUAUUUGACUUUAAAAAUAAGCUUGAAUUUUUGUUGUGAUAUAGGCUAAUUUCUUUGCAAACAGUGAUUCAGUACUCCGUAAUGUACUUGUUGUAUAUGAACAAAAGUUUAAAAUGAAUUCAACAUCCGUCAACAAAAAGGAGUAGCGCUUAUUACUACUCUGUAGAAGAUAUAGACAAUUAAUUUAAUUCACUAGGAACCCGUUCUACAAUUAUAUAAACUAGAAAUCGGCCAACAAAUUGUCACGAAAUACUACAAUGAAAAUAGGGUCUCUGAACUACCGAUUUCACCGAACGGAAAAGUUGCUCUGCAAAGAUCGCCCCUUUGACCAAUUUUCAUCAAGUAGAUCAUCGUUUUAUCAAGUCAAGGAUUAUAUAUACUUUAAAAUAAAAGAGUAAAAAAACUGGUGAUAAACGGUAGAUUUUGAAUAAAAUACGAAUAUCCGUAUACAAGAUCUGAGCGUUAUUAUGAAGCACUCGAUACUUUCUCCAACAACAUUUGCGCUUAUUUUUUUACAAAAUUAAAAAUAUUCACACAUUAAAGAUAUGAAAAUGUAAUUUGCAUUACAAAGAAUUGUUGGCUUACCUAAGUUAUACCUUACACGUCGAUUAAAGUCAAGUAAAGCCCUUACAAAGACGCGUGCCACAUUAAACUACAGGUCACAUGGCGGUAGAGAACUCGACGAAGUAUUCAUGAUAUUUCAUAGCCAGUUUAAACGGCGCUGUGUACAAGUCCUGUGAAUUAUGAUGCCCAACACACCGGGUAACAAAAUUUACCACUUUGUUCGGCUGUUCCAAGAAUAAUACACUUUUCAGAUACAAGGUCGGAUCAUAUCAUGUUCUUCGAAGCCUCUCAGCUCAAAACAGUCCAACAUAAAUAUCGCCAUUCAUCUUCUUCGUAUGAAAAUAAUAUAUAAGUUUUCCUUUCAAUUGCUUUGCUUUAAAAUCAGUCAUUAGGUUGUUGAAGAGUUAGCCUAGAACUUCCAACAACUGCUUUCAAUUUGCGGGAAAAAGCUCACGAGCCCGCACCAAGUCCACUCUGUUACCGUUGUUUUAUAUUUCUAAGCUUCCGAACAGCGGAAUUGCAAGUUCAGUAUAUACUUGGUUGCACGUCGCUGAAUCCUUUCGCCCAUACUUUAGUAGCGUAUCCAGAUCACAUCUGCAAAUAUAAGAUAGAUGGCGAUUCUAUUACAGAACUUCAUUUACUGUAUAAAUCUGUAAUAAACUUUGCAUUUCGUCUUAUGAACCCCAGCAUUCUACUUGAUUUUGCACAAUUUUGCGAAACCUGUUUACACAAUUGUUUUAAAUUACUGACAUUACUCUGGAGACUGGACGUUUAAUACUCCAAUGGCCUUUUUCAACGACGGUUACAGUUAGAAGGGUGUUUUAUUUUAUUCCAGAAUUUUAUAAUAUUAAAAUUUUACUCCUAUACAAGUUUCCUGGUAAUGCGCUGUACUUUGUACAUUUAGUCAGAGUAUAAAAGUCAGGUCUGUGGAUGUAGACCAAGAUAUACGAGUUUGUUCACAUCCUUCUGCAGUGACUGUGCGUGUUCAGGCGAUUUUAUGGUGUUAAAGAUCUCUGUGUCGUCUGCUGGAGUUGCAUCUUCACCUGUAGAGUACCCUUUCGAGGGAAGCUUUCACCGCCUUUUGACAACCCCCCACCCCCGAUACAGAACACUACAAAUUUAAUAUGUGCAGUUAUUAGAUUCAAGAUUACAUAUAACAAUUUUGUAAUCAAAGGCCGUUGAUGCCGACUCACGGGUAAGAUCAAAUGAAAGUGACGGAAAGAAUUAGAGCAGUUUGCAGUAGUUUUUGCAAACCGGGCAACGUGCGAAUUUUGCCAUUUCACCCAUUUGUCGUGCUUCAUUUGCCAAAUCAAAAGAACAAACGCGUGCUCCAGCCCGAUUUCCGGUUCUGAAAGGCCCGAUUCACUGGCAAACAGUGCGCGCGAAGCAGGCUGGUAAUUUCCCAUUGUUUAACUGCCCCACACCCCACACACAAGUAACCACAAAGACGUCAGAAAUGUCCCAUCAUUUGAGUAAAAAAUGUCCCAUCAUAUUACUACAUCUCUUAAUGAAUCAUUAAUUGAUUAUUUGUAUAGGUAAUCAUGCGAUGGCGAGUACAAUUAGGGAUUAAUAGCACGAGUGAUAUUUGGAAAUUUUGCCAAAAUUGGACGAGCCGCCGGGGCGGGUCCAAUUUGGCAAUAUUUCCAAACAUCACGAGUAUUAUUAAUCCCUAAUUGGACGAGCAACGUCGCAUGAUUACUUGUUUAUUAUUAGCUUGACAAAAUUGGAUAAUUCUCCAUGUCAACGUCAUAUUCUCUCCAAAGCCUAGGCUCGAUUACGAGCCGGCAUUCGGAAGGCCACGGCUGAUAAUCGAGCCUAGCCAAAGCCCACUCCUGCCAGACUUUCAACCAAAAUUUGGUGCAGUUUUGUUCAUAUUUUCAUUUAGUUUUUUUGCUUUAAGUUCCUCUGGGACAAUUUUUGUGUUUAUUAAUAAUACCUUUCCGCCAUUUUGUUUGUUUUGGAAAAAUUAUUAAUUGUACUCAUACAAUUAAUGAAAUAAUUGUACUCCUCUCAGCCAAUCAGCAUCCAGUAAUUUUGUCAUGCUAAUAAUAAAGUUAACACCAAACCCUUGGCACUAUUUAUAAAUUGUGAAUAAAUAUUUUUAGAACCAUUACUAGUUAUGCAUAAUAAUGGAAAGAAGCAUCAACGAUUACUGAAAGCUCGGGAGGAUAGAAAAGCAAGUACAGAACGAAGUAUAUAUGUUCGAGGCUUCGAAAAUAAAAUCACACUGGAAAAUGAUCUAAAUGUAUAUUUUUCUCAGUUUGGAAAAGUGUCGAACAUAUUUGUUGACAAGGAAAAGGUUUGAUAUCAUGUUUAUAUAAUAUACAGUAUUAUAAUAUUGCUUUCGUAAAUUCUGAAGGCAAAUUGGCUAAUUAGAGCCGUGUUGAUAUAACUUAAUGUCAACACGGAAACGUUGAAAGAUUUCUUUCUUUAUAUUUCAAUUGUGCUAUAUUAUAAAACAAAUAUAAAACAUUUUUUUCCGUAUUGAUAUUUAG